ACCACAAUGGCAAGCUCGUCGGAGAACUACUUCGAGGCGUGGAAGAAAGGCACGGCGCCGGCACCGCGCGCCCUGACCGCCAAGGAGAAGAAGGCGCAGGAGGAGGCCGCGCUGGCCAAGGAGCCGCGUCUCAAUGUGCGGCUCGACCAGCCGGGCGGCGCCUCGUAUGCGCCGGACAUUCUCGGCCCGCACAACAGCCAGCGUCGUCUCUUUGUGCCGUACAGCGAGGACGGCAGCGGCCAGCAGAUGUACGACUUCCGCCGCGACAUCGCUGAGCGCAGCCAGGCCAGCGGCUCGGGUUCGGCCCUGCCAGACGUGGCCUCACUGACUGUCGAGGACACGUCGGCGAGCGCAGCGCAGCAGUAUGCCAACUCCAUCGACCUGACGCCGCAGCCGCCGUCGAUUGCGCAGCAAUUCGCUCCGCUGCGAGCGCCGGCGCCCUUGCUCAUGCCGGGCGAAGGCGAGGAUGACGGCGCCUCCAUCAACACCUCUGCUACGAAGACUUCGAUCCAGACGACCGCAACCGCAAGGCAACUUGCAGCAGGCAUGACAUCGACGGGUCUGGCGCCCCGCGUCGUGCAGAAGAACAUGGCCAUUGCGCCGACGGUCAUCCCUGCCUCGCGGACAGGCGGCGCUGCGAGCACGACUCGCACGUCGAACCGCAAGCUCGAUGCGCCCACGGAAGCCGAGCUGCAGCGCGGCACGACUGAGUUCGAGGAGCGUAGCGGCGCAGGCCGUGCACCUGCGCUCGUCAAGACCGAUGCCGGCGCCACGCGAAGGCCAGGCGUGGCGGACGAGUUCAUCGCUGAUCCGCGCCCUUGGAGACCACUGCGGCUCGUACGCCGCAUCGAUCCAUCUCAGAUGCUGGUGUUGUGUGCCGGUCUCGAGCUGUCCACUGCAGAUGCCGCGUCGCUGACAGCCGCCCGAGCGCGAGCAGACGGCUUCGGACAAGAAGAGGACACGCAGGCGCUGUUGUCGUCUUUUGCAGAUGCUGAAGGCAGCGAUGUGCGCUGUGGCCUCGGCGCCUUCUUCGUGCCUUGUCCACCGGCCGGCGAGGGCGACAAGCGCGUCGAGCUCAAUCUCAGCCGACGGCUAGAGCGUGCGGCCCACGAGCAGACGUCGAGUGGCAUCCGCGCCGCUCUGCGUGCAGUCGUCGCGGGCCUCGAGUACUGCCGAUGGGAAGAAGAGGGCUACCAGGGCAUUGUCGUCGGCACGAGCGAGCACUGGAUCGUCUCUGGCAUCACGAACGACAUCUGGCUCUGGCGCAAGAACGGCUGGAUGCUUACGACCGAAGGUCCACAGGGGCCGCCGGGCAACUUGGUGCCGAAUCGCGACCUUUGGGAGCUGCUCGACUUUGUCGUGCGCGGCUACGAGAAGAUCGACUGCUCAGUGCGCUUCUGGCUUCUGCCGCGCAGCGAGACACGGCCAGCAAAGGAGCUUGCACAGGAGGGCGCACUCAAGAGCAACCAGCAGCCCGGCCUCGUCAAGUGGCGCAAGAAGAAGCUCGGCCGCAACGCGUAGGCCGGCAAUUCACAUCAUUCGCGCAGGUCAGCGCUUGUCUCAGACGUGUUUCGCCUCAGCGCUGCAUUGCAGAUUGGCACCACGAGGCAGCGUGCGUCCUUGCCGAGGUGGUGCAAGCGAGGCGAGGCAAGAGAGUGGCGGAUAGAGAUGGGGAGGGUAGCGCUUGGUUCAAGCACAGCAGCGGGCGUGUACAGCCUGCCGGGCAGCGAGCGCCUCGCGUGACGCGCAAAGAGAGCUACCGUCUCAGAGCGAAAGCAGGCCGCAAGGCAUGAGAUGCCAGGCGAUGCGAAAGCGCCCUGUGAGCGACCUGCUGGCCUAGCACGAGCGGGCAUGCUCUGUCAGACAUGCUGUCUUGGCAAGCAGCGCGUCACGCCGGCGUGCCGUUCAAAUGCGCUUGAUCCGCGCGCUCUGCCGUGCAG